CCGCUAGUUGCACAGCCGGGUUCCGGUCGAACUGUUGCCAUGGCGGUGGCUGCUGGCAGCCCCGUUGCGGCAUAUGAAUGUAAUAUCUGCCUGGAGACAGCGCGGGAACCUGUUGUGAGUGUGUGUGGGCAUCUGUACUGCUGGCCUUGUCUGCAUCAGUGGUUGGAGACCCGACCAGAGCGCCAAGAAUGUCCUGUUUGUAAGGCCGGUGUAAGCAGAGAAAAGGUUAUUCCUAUAUAUGGCAGAGGAGACGGUAACCAGAAGGACCCAAGGUUGAAGACUCCUCCCAGACCACAGGGACAGAGGCCAGAGCCAGAGAACAGAGCAGGAGGAGGAGUUCCAGGGUUUACGGACACAGGAUUCCACAUGUCUUUUGGCAUUGGAGCUUUUCCUUUUGGCUUUUUUACCACAGUCUUCAACACUAAUGAUCUUCACACUGCUCCGCGUGCAGAUACGGGGCUUCCACAGAGUCGAUUUUUUGGAUUACCAGACUCCCUCUUCCUCAUCAUUGCCGCCUUCUUUUUUCUCUGGUUGAUCAGUGUGUGAGGACUGGGUGUAUCGCUUCUGCUAGCUCAUCCGCUGGAGGGUUCAGAGCUCUUCUCCCUGAAAUGCUUUCAUUCCCCCUUGCUGCAUCCCCUACUUGGAAACGGUUUCACCACUAAACACUCCAGGCCAUAUAUAUGAACAUAUACUUCAUUACAAGUAUACCCAGUUAAAUAACGUUCACUAGGCACUUUAAAUAUGGCCAUUCAAGCUUAUUGUUUUGUAUAUAAGAGGCAAUUUUGUCUCAAUAGUUCUCUUCUCUUUAUAUAUCUUGAAAAGUGAAUGAAAAAGAUUGAAUUAUUGUCGACAAAUCACUCCAUGGUAAAUGUCUAGACUUUUACUGGGCACAGUUGUAGCCAGAUUCUCCAAAGUUUUUUGUUAAUUUUCUUUCAUAUAACCUGUUAGAUAUAGCCCUUAACAACUUGGUGCUUUUGAGAUCUGCACUAAACAUUUUUCAAGAUUUUUAGGAGCUAGACUUCUAAAUUGCUACUAAACUAAAUGUACUAUGUUGUCUCUGAAAAUGACUUAAUUCAGAUUUAGAAUUGAUGAAAUGAGCAUAUAGUUGUGCAGGAUUACCCUAUAGAAAACAUUUUUGGAUUCAGAGAAUGCAGAAAAUUCCAGUGGUGCUUACUCCUAUGUCAGAUGCACAUGUGAACCAUUGCCAGGUGCACUACUGCUGGUCUGGAAUACUGAAUUUUUUUGGAAGGCUGGGUGGGGCUUGAGGUCACAUGACUCUGGCCUAUGCAAAGGCUACAACGCUUAUCUCUGUACUUAAAUAUGUUUUAUCAGUAAAAGAAUGAAUCUUCACAUAAAA